AUGCCGCUGCAGGACGACACCCUCCGAGAGGUGUGGGCCUCAGACAGCGGGCAUGAGGAGGAAGGCCAGAGCCCGGAGGUCCCGCAGCGCACCAAGCAGCGACAGAAGUUGAGGAAGAAGAAGACAGAAGCCCCAGAGUCCCCCUGCCCCACGGGAUCCAAGCCCCGGAGACCUGGAGCGGGACGGAGGAGGAGCCCGCGGGAGGAGCCCUCGCGGGAGCCCGCCGAGGCCCGGGAGCUGCAGACUGUCUACGCCAAGUUCCUCAGGGACCCCGAGGCCAAGAAGCGCGACCCCCGGGAGACCUUCCUGGUAGCCCGCGCCCCAGACGCGGAGGACGGGGAGGAGGAGGAGGAAGAGGACGAGGAGGAGGAGGAAGAAGAGGACAAGGAGGAGAAGGAAAAGAAAGAGAAAAUCCGUCUGCCUCCCAAGAAGCCCCCCAAAGAGAAGGCUUCUGCAGACAUCAAGGAAAGGAAGGCCAAAGCCCAGGGUCCAAAGGAGGACCUGGGAAGCCCUGUCCCCCCACUGAAACCUCUGCGGAUUAAGAAGAAGGAGGCAUCAGCAGGCGAAGGGACCAAGAUGAGAAAGAUGAAGAAGAAAGGGUCCGGGGAGGCCGACAAGGACAGCUCAGUGAGCCCGACCAGAGUGAGGAAGAAGACACCAGCAGCCAUGUUUCUGGUUGGGGGCGAUGACCCUGGGGAAAAAGCUCUGAAGAAGAAAGGCACUCCCAAAGACUCAGAAGAGGAGAAGGAGGAGGAGGAGGAAGAGGUGGCAGCUGUGGUGACCAAGAACAGCAAUCAGAAGGGAAAAGCAAAAGGAAAAGGCAAAAAGGUUGGAAAGGAGGAGAGGGCCCCAUCCCCACCCGUGGAAGUGGACGAACCCCAGGAGUUCGUGCUUCGGCCUGCCCCCCAGGGCCAGACGGUCCGCUGCCGGCUGACCCGGGACAAGAAGGGCAUGGACCGGGGCCUGUAUCCCUCCUACUUCCUGCACCUGGACACAGAGAAGAAGGUGUUCCUCCUGGCUGGCAGGAAACGGAAACGGAGCAAGACAGCCAAUUACCUCAUCUCCAGUGACCCCACCAAUCUGUCCCGAGGAGGGGAGAAUUUCAUCGGGAAGCUGAGGUCCAACCUCCUGGGGAACCGCUUUACCGUCUUUGACAAUGGGCAGAACCCGCACCGCGGAGGCAGCACGGAUGUGGGGAGCCUUCGGCAGGAGCUGGCGGCUGUGAUCUAUGAAACCAACGUGCUGGGCUUCCGAGGUCCCCGGCGCAUGACGGUCAUCAUUCCCGGCAUGAAUUCGGACAAGGAGAGGGUCCCCAUUCGGCCCCGCAAUGCCAGCGACGGGCUGCUGGUGCGCUGGCAGAACAAGACACUGGAGAGCCUCAUCGAGCUACACAACAAGCCCCCCGUCUGGAAUGAUGACAGUGGCUCCUACACCCUCAACUUCCAAGGCCGAGUCACCCAGGCUUCGGUCAAGAACUUCCAGAUUGUCCACGCCGAUGACCCCGACUACAUCGUGCUGCAGUUCGGCCGCGUGGCCGAGGACGCCUUCACCCUAGACUACCGGUACCCGCUGUGCGCCCUGCAGGCCUUCGCCAUUGCCCUCUCCAGUUUCGACGGGAAGCUGGCCUGCGAGUGACCCUAGUAGUCCUCAGCGCCCGCCAGGGCUGG